AUGAAGCCCAAGGUAGAGGGCAUGUCUGCCUGGGGUUGGGUCAGGAGGUUCCUGGGGGCUCAGCCUCCCACCCAGGAAUCUGGCUUCAGCAUCCCAGUUCCUCCUCACCCCUCACCCACCUGGGAAGAGGGCGCAAGCUCCUCUGCCUCCCUCCCCAAACCUGUCAGCUAUUUCUCUGCGUACGACCUGGGCAAAGCUGGCAUCCACUCCAGGAUGCCUCCUGACAGCACCCACCCAUCUACCAUCCCACCCCCCAGGCAGAGCCAUGAGCUCCAGGAAGGAGUGAGAAGGAGAGAGAACCACACUGCUGAUGACUCCGAGGGAGGGGCCCUGGACAUGUGCUGCAGCGAGAGGCUGCCGGGUGUCCCCCAGCCGGUAGGGAUGGAGGCGCUGGACCAGGCCGAGGGGCCCACGGCCUUGCAGAGAGAGAUGCCGCUGCCCCCGCCUCCUUCACCGCCCUCAGAGCCGGCUCAGAAGCCACCACCUCGAGGCGCCAGGAGCCACUCCCUCACCGUCAGGAGCAGCCUGUGCCUGUUGGCUGCCUCCCAGUUCCUGCUCGCCUGCGGGAUGCUCUGGCUCAGCGGCUACGGCCCCAUCUGGUCGCAAAAUGCCACAGACCUCAUCUCCUCCGUGCUAGCACUCCUGGAGCAGCUGGGACCCUCGGCCUGGCUGGCUGUUGGGACCUGGGACGUCCCUAAUCUUCUGCUGGUCUCUCUGUCCGUGGUCCUCGUCACCACCUUGGUGUGGCACCUCCUGAGAACUCCCCCAGAGCCACCCACCCCGCUGCCCCCCGAGGACAGGCGCCAGUCGGUGAGCCGUCAGCCCUCUUUCACCUACUCUGAGUGGAUGGAGGAGAAGGUCGAGGAUGACUUCCUGGACCUGGACCCUGUCCCUGAGACACCUGUGUUUGACUGCGUGAUGGACAUCAAGCUUGAGGCCGACCCUGCCUCACUGACUGUCAAGGCCAUGGGUCUGCAGGAGAGGAGGGGCUCCAACGUCUCCCUGACCCUGGACAUGUGCACCCCGGGCUGCAAUGAGGAGGGGUUCGGCUAUCUCAUGUCCCCACGCGAGGAGUCGGCCCGCGAGUACCUGCUCAGCGCCUCCCGCGUCCUCCAGGCCGAAGAGCUUCACGAGAAGGCCCUGGACCCCUUCCUGCUUCAGGCAGAAUUCUUUGAAAUUCCCAUGAACUUUGUGGAUCCGAAAGAGUAUGACAUCCCUGGGCUGGUGCGGAAGAACCGGUACAAAACCAUCCUUCCCAACCCUCACAGCAGAGUGUGUCUGACCUCACCAGACCCUGACGACCCUCUGAGUUCCUACAUCAACGCCAACUACAUCCGGGGCUAUGGUGGGGAAGAGAAGGUGUAUAUCGCCACUCAGGGACCCAUCGUCAGCACAGUUGGCGACUUCUGGCGCAUGGUGUGGCAGGAGCACACGCCCAUCAUUGUCAUGAUCACCAACAUCGAGGAGAUGAACGAGAAGUGCACCGAGUAUUGGCCGGAGGAGCAGGUGGUGUACGACGGCGUGGAGAUCACUGUGCAGAAAGUCAUCCACACUGAGGAUUACCGGCUCCGACUCAUUGCUCUCAGGAGUGGGACAGAAGAGCGAGGCCUGAAGCAUUACUGGUUCACAUCCUGGCCCGACCAGAAGACCCCAGACCGGGCCCCCCCACUCCUGCACCUGGUGCAGGAGGUGGAGGAGGCAGCCCAGCAGGAGGGGCCCCGCUGCGCCCCCAUCGUCGUCCACUGCAGUGCAGGGAUUGGGAGGACGGGCUGCUUCAUCGCCACUAGCAUCUGCUGCCAGCAGCUGCGGCACGAGGGCGUGGUGGACAUCCUGAAGACCACGUGCCAGCUCCGUCAGGACAGGGGCGGCAUGAUCCAGACGUGUGAGCAGUACCAGUUCGUGCACCACGUCAUGAGCCUCUACGAGAAGCAGCUGUCCCGCCCGUCCCCCGAGUGACCACACUCCUCCCCGAGGUCCUCUGGGUACCACCCAGCCUGAGUCUGGGCCCUCAUCCCAGCCACACCCAGGGCCCUGCCUCGGGUCCAGCCUGCUCCCUGCCCCUCCCGCUUCCUUCUCCUCAGUCUGCUCCCCCCAGCCUGGGCCUGGCCCCUGCCCCCCCCCCAACGUAGCUCUUCCUACUGUACAUAUUGGGGAGUGGGGGAGGGUGGGGGAGGGGUGUGCCAGGCCAGGCCUAGGGCCCCAGGGCCUGACCCACGCUGCGCGACCUGGGGCCUCAGUUUUUAAUGAUGGUUCCAUUGCUACUUGAUCCAAAACAUUUCCGUGCCGCACUCCACGUGUCCUGCCGCAGCGUGUUGUGUCUGUCCAUCCAUCUCUGCUGUCUGUACCGGACACUGUGUCUCCUCAACCCAGGAGAGGGGUAAUGAGCUCCAGCCCCCAAGUGGCCCCGGCAGAGGUGCCUGCCCCCGGCCCCCAGCCCCACUUCUCCCAACAGGCAGAUUGCACUUUGCCCCUAGUUACUGGGACCAGGAUAAGGACGGGGGGCCUGAGGACCUGGAGGUCAGGCACAGGGAGCUCCUGAGCGGGUGGCAGAAAGAUC